AUGUGCAUCGGAAGUGAAAGAGAGAUACUACUGAAGUUGAAGCAAAAUCUGAAAGAUCCUUUUAAAACACUUUCUUCUUGGAAUGCUACUGCCAAGAAGUAUAAUGAAAUUCUCUGCAACAACGUCACAUCUCAUGUUGCAGAGAUUCACCUUGGCACUCCACCUCCUCCUUCCGAUGAGAACUUGAGUGAACAAGCUUCCGAAGAGUAUAAUCCUUGUUUGGAUCUUUCCGUUAAUUUGUCGUGCAAUCUACUUGAAGGCCCAAUUCCAACUUCUUUGGGAAAUGUGACUUCUUUGUUUACACUUGAUUUGUCACACAAUGAACUUGAAGGUCCAAUUCUAACAUUUUCAAGAAAUGUGACUUCUUUGAUUGUACUUGAUCUCUCGUACAAUAGACUUUCAAGUCUGACAAAUCAAUUUGAGGUUAAUAAAAGUAUUAUCACAAUAAAUUUUUGUAGCAACAAAAUUGGUCGAAAAAUUCCAAGAUCAAUUGGAAAACUUUCAUCGUUGAGAUAUCUUACUCUAUCCAAUAAUCAACUUAGUGAAAAUCCAUUUGAAAAUCUUAGAUCGCUCUCCGAAUUGUCAUUCCUUGAUAUUGGUGAUAAUCGUUUUGAAGGAGUGGUCAUGGAAGAUCAUCUUUCAAAUCUUACAAGCUUGAGUGAGUUUUAUGCAUCAGAAAACUAUUUCACUUUAAAAGUAGAUCCCAAUUGGAAUCCCACUUUUCAACUUACCGACUUAGAUAUGAGCACCGGAAAAUUAGGUCCCAACUUUCCAUCAUGGAUUCACUCACAAAGCAACCUUCACCAUUUAUCUAUGUCUAAUACAGGGAUUUUAGAUUCUAUUCCAUCUUGGUUUUGGGAAACAUUUUCUCAAGUUUCUUUUGUGAACCUAUCUCACAAUUACAUCCAUGGUAACCUUGGGGCUACAUUAACGAUUCCAAUAUCUAUGGAUGUUGUUGAUCUAAGUGCAAAUAACUUGUGUGGUCAAUUGCCCCCUAUUUCACGUGGCGUGGCCUUUUUAGAUCUUUCAAGCAAUUCAUUCUACAAAUCCAUGGAUAAUUUUUUAUGUAAUAAUGAUGACAAUGUAAUGUGGUUUCUCAAUCUUGCUUCUAAUAAUUUGUGGGGAGAAAUACCUAAUUGUUGGAUGUUUUGGCCAAAUUUAGUGUAUAUAAAUUUGCAGAGCAACAAUUUUGUCGGCAACUUACCUCCGUCCAUGGGUGCCUUGGAAUCAAUGGAGUUUUUACAACUUGGUAACAAUUCACUCUCAGGAACGUUUCCUACGAGUUUGAUGGAGAAUGAAUUAUUGACACUUUUGGACAUGAGAGGAAAUAAACUCGUAGGAACUAUUCCAAAGUGGGUUGGAGAAAAGUUCUUAAAUAUGAGAAUCCUUUGCCUAAGUUCAAACAUUUGUUCUGGUCAUAUCCCAAAUGAAAUAUGCAAAAUGAGUCUCCUUCAAGUUUUAGACCUUGCACAAAAUAAUUUAUCCGGUGGUAUACCUACUUGUUUCAAUAAAUUUAGUGCCAUGACACUAAUGAAUAAAAGUACAAAUUCUAUUAUAGAAUAUUCACCAACAUUGACAGAUUAUUCUUCCGUUAUUGGUACCGUUGGUGUGCUUCUUUUGCUAAAGGGAAGAAUAGUUGAGCACAAAAACAUUCUGGGAUUGGUAACAAGUAUUGAUUUGUCAAAUAAUCAAUUGACCGGAGAAGUACCAAUUGAAAUAACAUAUUUAAAUGGUUUGAUAUUUUUGAACUUGUCCCACAACCAACUAAUUGGUCAUAUUCCAAGAAGCAUCGGUAACAUGGGAUCGUUAUUGUCCAUCGAUUUCUCAAAGAAUCAACUUUCUGGUGAAAUCCCUCAAACCAUUUCACAUUUGAGCUUUCUAAGUUUGCUAAAUUUGUCUUAUAAUCAUUUAAAGGGGAAAAUUCCAACAGGAACUCAAUUGCAAACAUUUGAUGCCUCCGACUUCAUUGGGAAUGAUCUAUGCGACUCACCACUACCCAUCAAUUGCAGCACCAUUACAAAAAUUGAUAAUUUUGAUCACAUCGAAAAAGGUAAGGAUAAACAUGGGAUAAACUGGUUUUUUGUGAGUAUGACAUUUGGAUUUGUCGUGGGAUUUUGGACAGUGAUCGGUCCUUUGCUCAUUUGUAGAUCAUGGUGUUAUACCUAUUUUCAUUUCCUUAACUAUGUUUGGUUUAAACUUCAAUCUCUUUUUUGA